ACAAUAUUUUAUUUGUUGACAGUUGAAUUAGACUCCAAUUUAGAACUGGAAGUACUUGCCCAAUACGAAGAACAUUUAGUGGAACAACUAGAAGAAGUGGAACCAGAAGAAAUAGUAGAAAUGGAUGAAGAGGGCGAAGAUGUCGCUCUAUUCGUGCAAUCUCGCAAAGGGCACACGAUACUUCAAUAUGGCGGCCAUAGAUACAGAAAGGCGUAUAGGUCCAAACAUGGCAUUAGAUGGAACUGUUCCAUAGACAAAGGAUGCCCGGCGUUCCUGUAUCUGAAUGACAAUGAUGAAAUCAUCAUGUCCAACAAGAUUCACCGGCACAGUCUCCCGUUCAAUGAGAAUAUUGACACGGAUCAAACUGACACUGCAGUCGUCAUCACAUCUCGUAAAGGCAAGGAGAUGCUACUCUUCCGCCAAUACACCUACCGUCGGCAAUACACCAAACCCAACAGGACACGAUGGGUCUGUUCCACGCUCAAGAACUGCAGGGCUUGUGUCUUCACAGAUGACGAUAACUUCAUCACUUCAGCGUUUGAAGAGCACUGCCAUAAUCCCCCUAAAUAUUACCUUAAACCGGAUCAUGUUCUGGGAGCUAUUAGGGAACUCCCUUGUUGAUAGUUAGAUUAGUAG